CAAAUCGCCCUGUGUGUGGGAGACCUGGCGGUGGGCAAGACCUGCCUCAUCAACCGGUUCUGCAAGGACACCUUCGACAAGAACUACAAGGCCACCAUCGGGGUGGACUUCGAGAUGGAGCGCUUCGAGGUGCUGGGCGUCCCCUUCAGCCUGCAGCUCUGGGACACGGCCGGCCAGGAGAGGUUCAAGUGCAUCGCGUCCACCUACUACCGCGGCGCGCAAGCCAUCGUGAUCGUGUUCGACGUCAACAACGUGGCGUCGCUGGAGCACACCAGGCAGUGGCUGGCUGACGCCCUGAAGGAGAACGACCCUGCCAACGUCCUGCUCUUCCUGGUGGGCUCCAAGAAGGACCUGAGCCCGCCUGCGCGGUACAGCCUGGCAGAGAAAGACGCUCUCAAGGUGGCCCAGGAGAUGCGGGCCGAGUACUGGGCCGUCUCCUCCCUCACAGGGGAGAACGUGAGGGAGUUCUUCUUCCGCGUGGCGGCGCUGACCUUCGAGAGCAGCGUGCUGGCCGAGCUGGAGAGGAGCAGCGCCAGGAAGAUCGGGGACAUCGUCCGGAUCAGCAGCAACGACAGAGACCUGUACCUGACCGCGCAGGGGAAGAGACCCAAGUGCUGCCGCUGACGGGCCACGCCAGCCCCCCGCAGCUCCGUGCCCCUACCAACGUGCUGUGGCCUGGGCACGGGGGCACUGCUGGCCCAGAAAAACACCUCCCCCAGGUUUGUGGGUCCUGUGCCUGCCCGGCAAGUGCAGCCGGGCAGGCCACGGCUCGGUGCCUGCUCCUGCCUGGCACAGACAGCUGCCCACACGCUCUGUGGCCUCUCCGCGUCCCCCUGCACUGCUUGGGGCACGGGGAAAGGCUGCCUUGGCCUCUCCCAUGGCUGCUGGGAAGCCCAGCCUGGGACCGCAGACCAGGCUGAGCUGUGGGGUGCUUAGAGGGGCUGGGACCGAAGCCCCUGGGCACAGCUCCAGCCUAUUUCCUAUGCAAAUUAGCAUGUCAUUAGCAGGCUUCCUGGCUUCCUCUUUUAAUAAAAACUAAGCUUUUAUUAUU